AUGGCCGAGCCCGAGCCCCCCGCGGCGGCCCGGCGCUGGCGAGACGCCGCCCUGCGCGCACGGAAGCUGCGGAGCAACCUGCGGCAGCUGAGCCUGGGCCCCCGCGAGGAGCCGGAGCCCGCCGGGCCGCCCGUGCUUCGCCGCCCGCCGCUGCCCGCUGGGCCGGGCGAGCCGGCGGCGCUGAGCCUGAGCGGGCGCGGCCUGGAGGAGCUGCCCGAGGGGCUGGGCGCCGCGCUGGGCGGCCUGCGCGUCCUCAGCCUGCGCAGGAACCGCCUGUCCCGGCUUCCCCCCGCGCUGCGCCACCUGGGCCGCCUGGCCGAGCUCGACCUCAGCCACAACCGGCUCGGCGGCCUGGGGGACGGCGAGGCGCUGGCGCCGCUGCGGGAGCUGCGCAAGCUGAGCCUGAGCCACAACCAGCUGGGCGCGGACGGCGCGGCGCUGCCCGGGCGGCUGGGCGCGCUGCGGCAGCUGGAGGAGCUGGACCUGAGCUUCAACCGCCUGCGCCGCCUGCCCGAGGCGCUGGGCCGCCUGCCGCGGCUGCGCUCGCUGGACGUGGACCACAACCAGCUGCCCGCCUUCCCGGCGCCGCUGCUGGAGCUGGGCGCGCUGGAGGAGCUGGACUGCUCUGGCAACCGGCAGCUGCGCGUCCUGCCCGAGGGCAUCGCUGCCUUGCGCUGCCUUAAGAUCCUGUGGCUGAGCGGCACGGGGCUGGGCACCCUGCCCGAGGGGCUGUGCCAGCUGGGCGCCCUGGAGAGCCUCAUGCUGGACGGGAACCAACUGCGGGUCCUGCCCCCCGGCUUCGGCCGCCUGCAGCGCCUCAAGAUGCUGAACCUCUCCUCCAACGUGCUGGGUGAGUUCCCCGAGGCCGUGCUUGCCCUGCCCAGCCUGGAGGAGCUCUACCUGAGCCGCAACCAGCUCCCCCUGCUGCCUGCCCGCCUCUGCCAGCUGCAUCAGCUCCGCACCCUCUGGUUGGACAACAACCGCAUCCGCUACCUGCCCGACUCCAUUGUGCAGCUCCACAGCCUGGAGGAACUCGUGCUGCAGGGCAACCAGAUCGCCAUCCUGCCCGAGGGCUUUGGGCAGCUCUCCCGGGUCACCCUCUGGAAGAUCAAGGACAACCCGCUCAUCCAGCCCCCUUACGAGGUUUGCAUGAAGGGCAUCCCCUACAUUGCCGCUUACCAGCAGGAGUUGGCACACUCCCAGCCUGCUCUCAAGCCCCGCCUCAAGCUGGUCCUCAUGGGCCUGAAGGAUGCUGGCAAGACCCUGCUGAGAAGGUGCCUGAUGGAGGAGGAGAGGCAGAGAGACUCUCCCCUGGCUGCACCUGGCAAAGAUGCUGGGAGAACCCAGCAGCAACGAGACAUCACCCUGGGCCUGAUUCCCGAAGGGGUUGCGAAAAUACAGCUAGGACAUAGCGCCAUUACUGAGCCCCGAGAUGCUUCGUCUGCAAAAGGCUCCUCGCUAGGAUAUGCCUCCAUUGAGCAGCAGGACCCACUGCUGUCCCCGUCCCUUAAAGUUGCUGGGAAAAUCAAGUUAGAGCACCAGGACAGCUGCCUGUCUCCAUCCCGAAAAGUUAAUGGGGAAGCCCAGAUAGGACACUUCCCCAUGCUGCUGGAGCGAGACGCCCCCCUGACGCCAUUGGUUGCAGGGCUUCCAGGCACCAGCCAGGGCAUCGAGGUGACGGACUGGACGGCAGAUGUAGAGAGGGGUCUGACCUUCAUUGUGUAUGAGCUGGCGGGUGACCCUAGCUACGAUGUGAUCCAAUCCUUCUUCCUUUCGCCGGGAGCCCUGUAUGUGCUGGUGGUGAACCUGAGUGCCUACACCCCACAUUGCUUCUACUCCGCAGUGGGCUACUUCCUGCACUGGCUAGGUGCCAAAGUGCCCCAUGCUGUAGUGUGCAUGGUGGGCACCCAUGCUGACCUGUGUGCUGAGCGGGAACUGGAGGAGAAGUGCCUGGACAUCCACCACCAAAUUGCCCUGCAGGAGAAGCGGGAUGCUGAGGGACUCCAGAGUUUGGCCCAGCAGGUGGACAAUGCCCUGGGACAGGACUUUGACCUGCGUUGCUCCAGCCCCCACACUGCCUUCUAUGGGGUUUCAGACAAGAACCUGCGGCGCAAGAAGGCCCAGUUCCAGUAUCUGCUCAACCACCGGCCGCAGAUCCUCUCGCCGGUGCUGCCCAUCAGCUGCCAGGACCACUACCAGGUGCGCCGCCUGCGGGACAAGCUUCUGUCAGUAGCUGAGCACCGGGACAUCUUCCCAAACCUCCACCGGGUGCUACCCAAGUCCUGGCAGGUGCUGGAAGAGCUGCACUUCCAGCCGCAGGCUCAGCAACUGUGGCUCAGCUGGUGGGAUUCGGCGCGGCUGGGCUUGCAGGCGGGCCUGACCGAGGAUCGACUCCAGAGCGCCCUGUCCUAUCUGCAUGAAAGUGGCAAGCUGCUGUACUUCGAGGAACAUCUGACUCUGCGGGAGUAUGUAUUCCACAAUCUGCCCAGGCUCAUUGACAUCCUCAAUGUCUUCUGCCAGCAGGACACCACGGUGCUGCUCCAGAAACUGCUCAGUGACACCCAUAUAGAUGAACUGAGAACCACCCAGCUCCACCACUACGUGGAAGGGUUCCUGCUGCAUGGGCUCCUUCCUGCUCAUGUUAUCCGCCUGCUUCUUAAGCCCCAUAUCCAGAGCCGGGAGGACCUGCAGCUUAUCCUGGAGCUGCUGGAGAAAAUGGGGCUCUGCUACUGCAUCAAUAAGCCCAAAUGCAAACCCCUGAAUGGGGCCACUGCCUGGUACAAGUUCCCCUGCUAUGUGAAGAACGAGGUGCCCCAUGCAGAGGCGUGGAUUAAUGGUACAAACCUGAGUGGACAGUCUCUUGUCAUUGAACAGUUGCAGAUUGAAUACACCUUCCCCUUCAUUUUCCCACCUGGGUUAUUUGCACGCUACAGUGUCCAGAUUAACAGCCAUGUGGUUCAGCGGUCUGAUGGCAAAUACCAGAUUUAUGCCUACAGGGGGAAGGUGCCUGUGGUGGUGAGUUACAGGCCUGCUAGGAGUACUCUGCAACCAGAUACUCUGUCUAUUGCUAGUCACGCAUCUCUACCAAAUAUAUGGACAGCCUGGCAAGCUAUUACCCCCUUAGUGGAAGAACUGAAUGUACUGCUUCAAGAAUGGCCAGGUCUGUACUACACUGUGCACAUCCUCUGUUCCAAGUGCCUUAAAAGAGGAUCGCUGAACCCCUACGCUUUUCCAGGAGAAUUGCUGAGUCAGCCUAGACCAGAGGGAGUGACGGAGAUAAUCUGCCCCAGGAAUGGCAGCGAGCGAGUCAAUGUCGCCUUGGUUUACCCCCCCACCCCGACACUCAUCAGCCCUUGUUCCAAGUGAGCUCUGAGAGACGCACGGACCCCCAAUUUCAGUACACGCCAAAAACCCUACAUAAGACAAGCCCUCGCUAAGCAUUUUUGAAAACUAGCCGCCACAGAGCCCAGGGACUGUUCUAAUUAUUAGUGGGAUGUGGACAUCCCCUUCUCAGAAUAAAGAUGAAUGGUAAUGCUAGUGCUAAAGGUUUUAUAUCGGGCGGCGUGUGAAACUGCGGUGUGGCUGAAGGAUCUGUAGUGCUACUGUCUCUCUUGGGUCUGGAGUCCUGCCUUUACAAUGAGACCAGACUUUGGAACUCUGAACUAUUUGAAGUGGGAACACAGCUAAGUGUGUCUCUCCUGAGAUACCCUUGAGAACUUAAGUGUACAGUGCAAUCUGAAGGUCACUGAUGACCAGAUGUGACGUGAAACAAUAGUCUUGCAGCAAUCAGAUGACAGCAUUAUUGGCUGGAGAUGAAACACUGGGAUUGAAAUUCUAUGGACCCUUUGAUUACCUGCUGUGCACCCAUUUGGACCUGUUGAUGAAUGUAAAAAUGUUCUCAGUGCUGUUACAUUCAGAUGUAACUGAAGAAAAGUCAGUUGAGACUUGCUGUUGUGGAGCUUCAUGGAGUUGUUUCCUUACAGAGGAAGAAACUAGUGAUUUGUUGCUGUGAUAAGUGAGGAAAAGAAAACUCCAGAGUGGAAUCUCUUUCCCAGCUGGAGGACCGUUUCCUGAUAACUCAGCAUGAUCUAUGGACACACUAACAAGAAGAGUUCAGAUGUUUUCAAGGAAUAAAUGCCGUGGCUUGGUAAAGCAGAACUGAGUAAAUGUUUUACACCUGAACCUCAGAAUCAUGAUCAUCCUCCAAGGAAGAGCUGCUUGACAAACGAACAGUGUGAACGGCUUCUCAGGGAUUCUGUUUGCUGUACACAAAUAGCCAUAAUGUCGGGAUUGAUGGCAGUAUUUAGAGCACUCCAGUUUGGUUCUAUUUCAUGUGGAAGCGGGAUCACUCAUCUGAAGUUCACUGCUGUUCAGUAACUAGUGUAGAACAAUGUGGUUUAUCUUUAUUUUUGUAAUGUGCAAAACCAUUUAAUUUUCUACACAGUUUAAAGCUUCUAGCAUUAGUGAC